UUGAACAAAGAUUCAUACGUGUUACGACUUUGUGUGCAACGCAAUUCCGCUGCGGCCUAACGGUUUGCGCCGUAAUUUUUCCCCCAAGUUAUUUUCAAGGCUUAAUUACGUCUCUCCAAGAUGACGAUGUUAAUACAACAAUUAAAUUGUAGUAGUAGUAUUAGUAAAUACUACAAUGGAAAUGGUGUGGACUCCGUCGAGACCAAACAGGUCGAGAAGGUUUAUUCCGGUGACGGGGCGUCUCUGAGCGCUCCCGGCAGCAAACGCUCAGCUCUGUCGGCUUCGGACGCCGAGUGUUUCUCGCUGUGCCUGGGCGCCGGGCCUCUGUGGUGGUCCGAUGUCCCUGCUCACGGCUCUGCACCGCCCGGAGGGGUGACCGGCGGGGCUGCGAGCCCCGCUACCCCGGCCACCCCCAACCACGACGACAAUCGCGACUUGCUAAGUGCCCUGCUAUGGUCAAGCUCCAGCUCUUUGGCCAGCAGCGCCGAGAGUCUCCAUGAUGGCCAAGCGUCUCCGCAACAGCUACAACUACAACAACAAGUUGUCAACAAGAUCUUGGAGCGCAAGGACAAGCACCCCGUUAAAAUUGAGUUCAAGAUUUAUCUCACCGAGAACACAGUUAUACGUUGGGAGGCUGUUGUGCACAACAACAUGAUGUACCUCCGCGUACCCGGGGUCCUGCAGUCCGGCAGCAAGGACAGCUUCAUGCUGCUCCUGGAUUUCGCUGAAGAGCGUCUCGGCUGUAAGAGUUGCAUCAUCUGCGUUCUGAAGAGUCGUCCCGACCGCGCUACCCUGCUGCGGACUUUCAUGUUCAUGGGAUUCCAAGUUCUGGCUCCGAAUUCGCCGCUGACCCCACAGCACAUCAACAACCCUAAUUACAUUUUCUUACACUACAAUAUGCAGUAAAAUUUUAUUCAUAAACAAAGCUUCCUCUCGGGUGAAGCUAACAAAAAAAAAACAACCUCAUUUUUUCCACAAAAUAUGUCGUGUUUUUUUCAUAUGGCAACAUUAGAUUAUCCACGACUCGUUCAAGUCAAGCACUUAGAGAUCCUUUCUAAAUCAGUAUUCAAAAUGCACAUUUAAAAUUUAAAUACAUGAUAAAGGGCUUUCUUAGCACAGUUCGCGUUUAAUGAUUUUAUUAAACUAGAUUAUUCUAUAUUACUUAGAUUAAAAAAAAAAAAAUGUAAAAAAAGAAAAAAAAAAGAGAAAAUACUUUUAUUUGUUUGGAACUUGAAACUCUAAAACAUUGAUAUUUGUGUAUUUAUUAAAAAAAAAAAACAGAUUUGCAUCUAAUCUAAUAGUCCAAUAUAAAUAGUCAUUCUAGUGAGGUAUUAAGACCAGGCAAUAAAAAUCUAUUUGAGAUCAAAUUUCUUUGAAACACUACUACUUACUACAUUGGCCAAAAGAUUGAAUAAAUUGUCAAGCCUCACUAGCUUACAAAACUGGGUAUAGAACUAGAAAUUUCUAAUAAUUAUUUCCUAGAAUUUCAAAGCCAAAGGAAUAAAAGUUAACUUUCUAUUCUCUCAAUGACAUUUGUAAGUGAGAAAUUGAAAAAUUUCAACUUCCAAAUACUCAUUGCGGGAUUUAAAUAUAAUUUUUCAAUUAUUAUUUUUCUUUCAUUUAUUAUUAUGAUUGUUAAUUAUUUCGUGUUUCCGUCGUCGUGUAAAAUGUCACCCCAACCGGGUUAGAGCAAAAAAAAAAAAAAAAAAAUA